AACGAGAAGAAGAAGAAGAAGAAGAACGUCACAUUUUCAACAUGUCUGCUUCCAUCUCAGGAUUACUAAAACCUUGGACACCGAGAGUUGUCCUGGUGAGAUGGAGCAGAUACAACCCCUACUACCUGGAGCCGGAAGUCAGGAAGGAGGUCUACAGCCAACCAGAGAGCGAGCUGAGUGCUGAGGAGAAGGAGGAGCGCGAGCUGAAAAAACUCCGACCCAUCAAAGCUGCUCCCAAUGGACUUACCAGCUCUGCUUUUGAUGACCCAGUCCUCAGUAAAUUCAUCAACAUGAUGAUGAAACAUGGAAACAAGAUUCUGGCCAGAGAGAUUAUGAUGCAGACCUUGGAAAACAUGAAGAAGAAGCAGGUGGAGAAAUAUCACAAAACGACAGAUGGGAAGAAGGAGGAGAUUGAAUGUAACCCAUACACCAUCUUUCACGAAGCCUUGGAGAACUGCAAGCCUGUUGUUGGGCUGGCCAGCAUACAAAAAGGUGGAAAAUAUUACCAGGUGCCCAUCCCACUUACAGACAAUCGCCGGCGCUUCCUGGCCAUGAAGUGGAUGAUCACAGAGUGCAGGGAAAACAAAAACAGACGCACGCUCAUGUACGAAAAACUCUCCCAGGAGCUGCUCGCCGCUUUCGAGAAGGAGGGAAACGUCAUCAAGAAGAAGCACGAGCUGCACAAGAUGGCCGAAGCCAACAGAGCCUAUGCCCACUACCGCUGGUGGUAGACAAGGCUGUGCAGGACUGAACAUGCAAUAAGGACGAGCCGUCGUUGUAAAUAGUGAAUAUUCAUGAUGGAUUACAAGAGACAGGAAAAGGACUUAAUGAUGGGUUUUUGAUAAGUAAAUAAAAAAACUGUACUCUGAAUUGU